UACAAGCGAUGUUAUGCGUUGAUUUGUUUACACGGAGAUUAACAACAGCUGACAGCAGUGAACUGUACCUCGCUUGGGACUUUUACGUCGGGUACAUCUGGAAUCGGCUGGCACAGUUCUGAAAGAUAGGCGGAAAACAGCUAUUUGUAGCUGGUGUGAUGCCAGCAAUAAUUUCAACAGGAUCCAAGAUGUAGGGGACAGAAAUUCUUGGCAGUUGCCAUGGCAGCCAAUCGGGAGUCCGGUGGAAUGACUCCAAAGAUGAUGAAGGCGUCUGGUCUCGCAUCAAUGGAUUCAAAUGGGUUUGAGGAAAUAGAGGUCGAAGAGGAUGUCAUGGAACAAAAAUUAGCAGAAAUCCAAGAACAGAGUCUUGGUCCACUGAAGGAAGACCUAGCAGAAUGGCUCGGCAAACACUUAGGUAUGGAAGUCAAUGCAGACAAUUUUAUGGAUGUUUUGGACAAUGGUGUUUAUUUGUGUCAAAUGGCGAAGGUUAUACAGAGGAAGGCUCACGAAAGUGUCAUGGACGGCUCAUAUACAGAGCCCCUGCCCAACUACAAGUUGCGGUGUAAGAGCAAUGCACCGUCAGGGAGCUGGUUCGCACGUGACAACACAGCCAACUUCCUCUCUUGGUGUAAAGCCUUUGGGAUGGCGGAUGAUCAGAUGUUUGAGACGGAAUAUUUAGUAUCUCACACAGCUGAGAAGUCAGUGGUACUUUGCCUUCUGGAGUUAGCCAGAAUAGGUUACAAGUUUGGUCUGGAGCCCCCCAGCCUCAUCAAGAUGGAGAAAGAGAUGGAGAGAAUGGAGGAAGAAGAACCGCCUCCUCCCAGACCUCCCCCUCCAAAGCCGAAUAGUCUGGAUGAUGAGACUGGUACAGAGACUGAGGAGGAGGAGGAGGAAAUGGAGGAGAAAACACCUCCCACCCCACAAUCCUGGUCCCUUGAUGAGGAGAUUCAGAAGAUAAAACAUGACAAGGGGCUGAUUCCUAACCUCAAUAGGUGGAUAUUUCAUGAGGAGUGCGGAUUCGGAAUGGGUUGUGAACACUAUUUGGAGUGUCUAGCCAGGGUGAAGAGAAUAGCCUUCAUGUGUAAAUGCCACGAUCAUGUCAAGAAACUCGGCGAGGGAAAGUAUCUCAUCUUCGGCAAGGUGGUUCAGAUUCGGUUCCUGCAGAACCGUCACCUGAUGGUACGAGUAGGUGGAGGCUGGGAUACACUGGAACAUUACCUCAUACAUCACAACCCGGUUCAGGUGUUCGAGCACCGCCGACCAAACACUGCAAACGGCUCCCAUGAUUCCACCAGCAAAUACCUGUGCUUCAAGUCAAAAUACAAGUCAGAAUGAUAAUAUGAAAAGGGAGAUAAGUGACUCCGCUCUAAAUGCAACAGAUUGGCAUAAUUCUGAUGUUCAUCUUGUUGUAGAACUCUCAUUGUAGAGAUCGAGUCGGUAGUGUUUCCUCUCACACUAAAUCAUUUGUGUGAGAUUAAAAAGUGGCCAAAAGUAAUCCUAAGCAAUCCCAGAUUCUUUACAGCUGCCUGGUCCAUUGUGGUAUACUGGUUAUCCCAGCAGGCCAUGUACAAAACCAUGGUACAAAAUGUACAAGCUUUUACAUUGCAGUUGUGCAUCUGAAGUAUAUUGGGAUGAGGGCCAGGGAGAGGAGUCCCAAAAACCUCAUACAGUCCACUGGAAGGAUGUUUCUGAAAUCUUAUUCUGUUUCAAUAGUGAUGCUGAGGAACAUGAACAGAAACUUUAAAGUUGUUGAGCUUCAUUGUGUACUGUAUAUGGGUCAGGGUAAAAAUCUCAUGUAUACUCAGAAUGAGGCUAGUGAGGGAGUCCAAUGUGGCUUACACUUUCUGGAAAUUGAUUCAAACAUGAUACUGUCUCCUGUAACUUAAAAUGAUGCUUACCUUAUUCUUCCAGUUGUGAUCAAAAACUGAAAAAUAUUUAUCUAUGGACAUUGAAAAUGAUGUCUAGUUUCUGUGGGUAAUGAAUGUACGACCAGUAUGACUUUAUCUACUACUUAUUCUUUUGGUUGAAAGAGAGACUCACUUUCUCAUACUAAUGAAAGUGAGGCUUACGUUGUGAUUGAAAGUGAGGCUUACUUUCUCAUGCGAUUGAAAGUGGGGCUAACUUUGUGAUUGAAAGUGAGGCUUACCUUUUUCUUAAUGGUGAAUGAAAGAGAUGUUAAUUUUCUCUUACAUUUGAGGUUGAAGCAGAGGUUCUCUAAAGAGUGAAGACCUGUAUUUGUUAGUUGUUACAGAAGACUGUUUAGAUAUAUAUAAAUAUAUUGGUGCUCCUUCUUGCUAUUUUUCCUAAUCAACUGUCUCAUUGAAAUUCCUUGGAUUCUAAUAUUGUGGUUAAUUUUGUAACAAUGUCUGUGAUUGGCUAUUUUCUGUGAUAUAUUGUAACCAGUCAGAUCUAGUACUGUUUACCUUGUUAAUCCUAUUGUCAGAGUUUGGUGAACGAAUUAAAUAUUCCACAGACAUUGUCUACAACAAGGAGACACCCUGUCUCUGUUUUUUAAGCUCACCAUCCCUUUGGGCAAGUGAGAUUAUGCCAUGGCGCAGCGUCCAUUGUCCUUCCGCCGUCUGUCCAUCCAUUCAUUAAAACAAGAUGGCCACCAGGCCGCCAUCUUAGAUUUUGGCAAUUGAAGUUUGUUCUUGCUUUAUC